AUACCUUCAGUCCAUCAUUGCCCUGCUCCGAGCCUGGAGAACAGCCGGAGAACCUUCUGUUUCCUGGAAGAUGACAAUUGAGAAAUCAGUGGUGGAUUUAGGAGGACUUUAAGAGAGAGGAUAUACAAAAAAUCAAGGAAUGGAGAAUUGAGGAGGAAAUUUUACUGGAAUUUUACUUUUAAAGAAAGGAAGAAAAAGGGGGAUUUGGGUGAGAAUGCGCGCGGAGUUUGAGAGGGUGGAUUACACGCCAGAAGUCCGUGUUGGUUUCGCUCUGUCUCUGGGGGAAGACAUUUGAGAAGAUCGUUUUGGAGGACACACACACACACACACACACACAGCCUCGCUUCCGCAGCGCAGACGUUUGCAGCAUUGCAAAGGAUUGAGGCACGAUUCGCCAGAAGGUUUUUUAAACACUGGAUCUUCCUUGUAUGAUGCUACUAAUACUAAAGUAAAACAAUACUACUAAUAAACAAACCAGCUCGAAUAUGAUGCAGCCUUUCAUUCAAACUUGCUGGAAGUCUCAUGACAGAUUUUUCGGACACAAUGGAUACUUGUGGAUGUCUUGAUAUGGAUUUACUGCCUGUCUGUUUACGGAUCUAGUCACUUCUGGGCUCUCCGACAAAUGACCAACACAUCUGUAAAAUUUUCUCUCACCGUCCUUACCCAUCCUUUAUCUAUUUACCAAAUUAUUUACGCCUCCAUAAAGCCGUAACAACGGCAGCAUGCAAACCGCAGGGUUCCCGAUGGCCCUCGCGGUGCUUUUGACCAUGUUAACGGUGAUGGACGUGAAGGCGAGCGGGGAGUACUGCCACGGCUGGAGGGAUCCACAGGGCGCAUGGCGGGACGGUUUCCAGUGUCCUGAGCGCUACGACGCCGCCGAGGCGAUUAUCUGCUGCGGCAAGUGCGAGCUGCGUUACUGCUGCUCCAGCAUCGAGGCCAGGCUCGAUCAGGGAACCUGUGACAACGACAAGAGGGGAAAAGAAGAGCCGGGUGCGGGGCACGAGGAGGGCAAAAACUCCGGUGCAGUGCCCAUCUAUGUGCCUUUCCUGAUCGUGGGGUCGGUCUUCGUGGCGUUCGUCUUGCUCGGCGCGGUGGUCGCUGUGUGCUGCUGUCGCUGCCUCCGACCCAAACAAGAACCUGCCUCCAGUGGCGGGCGUCUCCUGGAGUCCAUCCCCAUGAUGACCUCACGGGGCUCCUCCUCCCGUCAGUCGAGCACGGCCACCUCGUCCAGCUCUUCAGCCCCGACCGCUGUUGCUCGCCCAAUCCCAGGCCCUGCUCCCGCCCCCAUUUUGCGCGCCCAGGCCUCGUGCUGCCUGCCACCAGAUGCCAGCGUCUACGUCAACAUGCCCACCAACUUUUCAGUGUUGAACUGCCAGCAGGCGACGCAGAUCAUGCCUCAUCAGGGUCAGUUCCUGCAUCCUCAAUACGUCGGUUACGCCCACCCGGUCUCUCCCACCCCGGCCUUCCUGGACCCUACGCAGGGCGCCUACAGACCCCUGCAAUCUCCGUUUCCUCCACCUACGAGUAUGACGAGCGUGACGAGCGUGACAAGUGUCAGUGGAGAGCAGAAGCAGCCGGCUGUGACUAUAUGAGAGGCUCUUGUGUGUGUGUGUGUGUGUGUGUGUGUGUGUGUGUGUCAUACAAUGAAGGAGUGAAAGAAUAGUCAUGAGGACCCUGAAUCCCAGGUCAGUUUCAGGGCGAGACGCAGUGUGUCAUGUGCUCUGCAGACUGUGUGUGCACUGUUUGUGUUAAGAAGAUCCUCUCUAUCAUGGAGAAAAUGGACCCUGUGCAAAUGCUGUCUCCUUCAGUGCCUGGUGCUAAAAAGUUUUUACUCCAGGAAUCUCUACCUUAAGGUGGUAGCCCUCCAUCUUCACCUGAGUGACACCUCAUCUGUUUCGGAGAGGAUAAAUAUAUGUUCAGUUUCUUGCAGUAAAGAUCUAAAUAUUCAAUCCCAUUUAUUAGGCGAGUAAUGAAGCCAUUACUCCAGCGGCACCUCCACCCCAGGAGAAAGUGCCCCAUCUACCCCUGACUUGCCUUCAUUUUUUAAAAUGAUUUUUUAUUUUUAUUUUUAAAAAACGUGUUUGUUUUUUUUAAUAAUUGAAGGUAUAUGAUUAAUCCUAAUAUAAUGUAUUGUUUUUUUGGUUUGAGAAUUUAAAUAAAUAAAUAAAAAAUCCCAAAGCCGUAA